AUGUGGCACGCGCUUCUGAAAAGUUUUGUAUGGACAUAUUUCAUUGCGGUGCUGUAUGGCGCAACCCUUGGAGAACCACCCAGAAUGGUAUAUCCCCGUUUACUGGAGGCACGGAGUUCCAAUAAUUCUCUAUCGCUCUACAUCAAUGACGAAAUAACUCUAAAUCUCGAACGAGCCGAUAUUUUUCCUGAGAUGUUUGUGCUGCAGUACCCCGAAGGCGAAGGACAAGUACACGAAUAUAUGAAAGGAGCAGAACUUAAUAACCUGGUAUAUCACGACACGGAUCAGAUGUCCACUGUAUCUAUAGAAAGGGAUGACGGAUUCUACGUGAACGGAAUCAUUCAGAACACAUAUCGAAUAACUCCCAUGUACCACAUGGAACGAUCGGAAACGGGAAUACUUGCUCACGAAUUGGUUAAACUUGAGGAGCCUCAUUCAUCUCUUCGCGGGGACUGUGAGUAG